AUGAGAACGUUCUGCGGCAAUGAUAAACAGGACGAAAUUAGCAACAAAGAUUUCUUGGAGUUGAAACAGAAUCUCAUACACAAUGGCCUCCAGGCAGAUACAACCUCCAUUCUACGCAGUGGUCGUGAAAUCGUGCAGCACGCCAAGGCUGCUUCCUACAUGAUCAGUAGACUCUGCAUCCACAACCAAGAUCUCAGCGAAGAAAUCAUUCUUAAAACUCAUAAAAUUUUCACUUACAAAAUUGACGCUCACAACUCACCUUGGGAACAAUACAGUGGCGUCUAUCGUAAGGAUGAAGUUUCUGCUGGUUUUCAUCAAUUCCCUCAUCACAGCCUCGUGCCCUACAAGAUGACGGACAUGAUACGCGAACUGAAGUCAGAUCUUCAAGAGGUCAUCAAAAAAAGGACAAUUGACCCGAUCGACAUCGCCUCCAAAUAUUGUCACAUGUUUGUCAACAUUUACCCAUUCAUGGACGGCAAUGGACGUAUGUGUCGUUUGAUCCUCAACUUCAUACUCUUGAGGCUAGGUAUUGUUCCUGUAUUUAUCGGUAAUAAGGAAGAGGAUCGCUCUCUAUAUCGUGACGUGGUUUGUAAUGGAAGUGGUCUAGAAGAGGUUUACGGUGAUCUUGAUGAAGAAGAGAUACAGUUUAUUGGUAGUAUGCACAAGGAGCUAAGUGCUUUUGUCAUUACGCGUGUUAAGCAUAGUAUGAGUGAUCUGCUUCAUUUGCCUUUGUGA